AUGCCUCUUUCGCAGAGCUCCUAUCUGCCGCCCGUCGCCUUUGUCCUGAGCCACGUCCUGGGCAUCGCCGGCGUCCUGUACUGGAGGAGCCGGAGCAGAGAAGGUAGGGCUGAUGAACGGGACAGAGUCCAAAAGAAAACCUUCACUAAAUGGGUCAAUAAACACUUGAUGAAGGUGCGCAAGCACAUCAAUGACCUCUACGAAGACCUUCGAGAUGGCCACAACCUCAUCUCCCUCCUGGAGGUGCUGUCAGGAGUGAAGCUGCAAGUAGAGCCUCCAGCUCAGAGGAGCCUUCGCCUGGUGAGAGCACCAGCCUGGUGCCGAGCGAGCAGCGAGGAGCGUGAGGAGGAAGAUGAUGAUGAUGAAGAACCGCGGGAGAAGGGUCGGAUGCGCUUCCACCGGCUGCAGAACGUGCAGAUCGCUCUGGAUUUCCUGAAGCAGCGGCAGGUGAAACUGGUGAACAUCCGCAACGAUGACAUCACAGAUGGCAACCCCAAGCUCACCCUGGGGCUCAUCUGGACCAUCAUCCUCCACUUCCAGAUCUCUGACAUCUACAUCAGUGGGGAGUCAGGGGACAUGUCAGCCAAGGAGAAGCUGCUGCUCUGGACACAGAAGGUGACAGCAGGGUACAUUGGGGUGAAGUGCACCAACUUCUCCUCAUGCUGGAGCGAUGGGAAGAUGUUCAACGCCCUCAUCCACAGAUACAGGCCAGAUCUGGUGGACAUGGAGAGAGUGCAGAUCCAGAGCAACAGGGAGAACCUGGAGCAGGCCUUUGAGAUCGCCGAGCGGCUGGGGGUGACGCGGCUGCUGGAUGCCGAAGACGUGGAUGUCCCCUCUCCAGAUGAGAAGUCUGUGAUAACUUAUGUGUCUUCAAUCUACGAUGCCUUCCCCAAAGUCCCCGAGGGAGGAGAAGGGAUCAGCGCCAUCGAGGUGGAUUCCAGGUGGUUGGAGUACCAGAGUCGCCUGGAGUCCCUCAUCUCAUGGAUCAAGCAGCACACGAUACUCAUGUCAGAUAAAUCCUUCCCCCAGAACCCUGUAGAGCUAAAGGCACUUUAUAACCAGUACAUCCACUUCAAAGAAACUGAAAUCCCAGCGAGAGAGCAGGAGAAGGGAAGGAUAGAGGAGCUCUACAAACAGCUGGAGGUCUGGAUUGAGUUUGGACGCAUCAAGCUGCCCCAGGGCUACCACCCCAACGAUGUGGAGGAGGAGUGGGGCAAGCUCAUCAUAGAGAUGCUGGAGCGAGAGAAGCUCCUGCGGCCGGCAGUGGAGAGGCUGGAAUUGCUGCUACAAAUUGCUAACAAAAUCCAGAAUGGUGCUCUGAGCUGUGAAGAGAAACUGACUCUGGCGAAGAACACCCUGCAGGCUGAUGCUGCUCACCUGGAGUCGGGCCAGCCGGCGCAGUACGAGUCGGACGUGGUGGUUUACCUGCAGGAGUGCGAGGGGCUGCUCCGCCAGCUGCAGGUGGACGUGCAGAUCCUGCGGGAUGAGAACUACUACCAGCUGGAGGAGCUGGUCUUCAGGACCAUGCGGCUGCAGGACGAGCUGGUGACGCUGCGGCUGGAGUGCACAAACCUCUACAGGAAAGGGCACUUCUCCACCCUGGAGCUGGUGCCCACCUCCACUCUGAGCACAGCACACCUGAAGGGUGAGGCCCUGACAAAAGGGCUGCACACCUCCUCUGCCUCCUGGUUCAGGAAGCCUAUGACCAGGACAGAGCUGGUGGCCAUCUCCUCUUCAGAAGAUGAAGGCAGCCUCCGCUUCGUGUACGAGCUGCUGGCCUGGGUGGAGGAGAUGCAGAUGAGACUGGAGAGGGCAGAGUGGGGAACAGACCUGCCAAGUGUGGAAACCCAGCUGGAGACCCAGCGGCACAUCCACAGCAGCGUGGAGGAGCUGGGCUCCAGCGUGAAGGAGGCUCGGAUGUAUGAGGGCAAAAUGUCUCAGAAUUUCCGUGCCAGCUACACAGAGACGCUGGGCAAGCUGGAGACGCAGUACUGCAAGCUGAUGGAAACCUCAAGCUUCCGCCUGAGGCACCUGCAGAGCUUGCAUGGGUUUGUGUCUCGAGCCACUGCUGAGCUGAUCUGGCUGAACGAGAAGGAGGAGGAGGAGCUGGCCUAUGACUGGAGUGACAACAACCCCAACAUUGCAGCCAAGAGGAACUACUUCAUGGAGCUGACGGCGGAGCUGGAGGAGAAGCAGGACAUCUUCUGCUCCCUCCAAGACACAGCUGAGCUGCUGUCCCUGGAGAACCACCCAGCCAAGCAAACUGUCGAGGCCUACAGCGCCGCCGUGCAGACCCAGUGGCAGUGGAUAAAGCAGCUCUGCCUCUGUGUGGAGCAGCAUGUCAAGGAGAAUGCUGCCUACUUCCAGUUCUUCAGCGACGCUCGGGAGUCGGAGAGCUACCUGCGCAACCUGCAGGACUCCAUCAAAAGGAAAUAUUCUUGUGACCAUAACACCAGCCUGACCCGGCUGGAGGACCUGCUGCAGGACUCCAUGGAUGAGAAGGAGCAGCUCAUCCAGUCCAAGAGCUCCGUUGCCAGCCUGGUGGGACGCUCCAAGAGCAUCGUGCAGCUGCGGCCCCGGAACCCUGAGCACCUUGUGAAGAGCACAGUGCCCAUCAAGGCUGUCUGCGACUAUCGGCAGAUCGAGAUCACCAUCUGCAGGAAUGAUGAAUGUGUGCUGGAGGACAAUUCCCAGAGGACCAAAUGGAAGGUGAUCAGCCCCACAGGGAACGAGGCCAUGGUGCCUUCUGUCUGCUUCCUGAUCCCCCCACCCAACAAAGAGGCCAUCGAGAUGGCCAACAGGGUAGAACAGUUGUACCAGAAAGUGAUGGCUCUCUGGCACCAGCUCCACAUGAACACCAAGAGCCUCAUCUCCUGGAACUACCUGCGGAAGGACAUUGCCCUGGUGCAAAGCUUCAGCAUGGAAAAGAUCAGAUCCUUAGCCCAAGGGGAGUGCCAGCAAGCCAUGAAGAGCCUCCAGGCACACUAUGAGGACUUCCUGCAGGACAGCCGAGACUCAGAGCUCUUCUCAGUGUCCGACCGGCUGCGGCUGGAGGAGGAAGUGGAGGCUUCCAAGGAACACAUCCGGCAGCUGCUGGAGUCCAUGGAGAACGAAGACAAGGACGAGACCAUUGCCAGGACUUACCUGUCAGAGCUGAAGAACAUCCACCUGCACCUGGAGGAGUGUGAGCAGAGGCUGGGCAGCAGGAUCCAGGCCCCCAGCGGCUCCCGGCCAGAGGGAGACAGCAUCCAGGAGAACACCAUCCGCAUCGCAGAGCAGGAGCGCACGCAGGAGGACCUGCAGCGGACGCAGGAGGACCUCAGGUUCUUCUCUGAGAGGUGCUACAGCUUCCUGGACAAGGCCCCCGCAGGGUCCAGCACGCCCCAGCUGCGGUCAGAGCUUGACUUGGUGGUCAGCAAGAUGGACCAGAUGUAUAGGCUGUCCUCCAUCUACUUGGACAAGUUGAAGACUGUUGAUGUCAUCAUUCGUGCCACCCAAGGAGCAGAGUCUCUGGUCAAAGGCUAUGAGGUGAAGCUGAGCCAAGAGGAGGCAGUGCCAGCUGACCUGGCAGCCAUUCAGUCUCACAGGACCACCUUACAGCAGUGGCUUGGGGAAGUGAAGGACAAGAGCUCCAUCUUCUCCACACUGGAGGAGGAGAUGGCCAAGGCCAAGGUGGUGGGGGAGCAGCUGUACCAGCUGAGGCAGGAGCGCAGCAUCGACCUGGAGCGCUACCAGGAGAAGGGCAGCCAGCUGUGGGACCGCUGGCAGCGCCUCUGUGCCCAGCUCGACACCCGCCACACGGAGCUGGAGAGCAUCCAGGAGGUGCUGAGCGAGUACCGGCGGUGCCACGGUGCCCUGAUCCAGUGGAUUGAGCAGAUCACCAUCCAGCAGGAGCUGAUGAAGCCAGGGCAGGCAGAGGACAGCAGGGUGCUGUCAGAGCAGCUGAGCCAGCAGACGGCUUUGGCUGCAGAAAUCGAGAAGAAUCAAGCCAAGCUGGACCAGUGUCAGAAGUUCUCCCAGCAAUACUCAGCUGCUGUCAAGGACUAUGAGCUGCAGCUGAUGACCUACAGAGCCUUCGUUGAGUCGCAGCAGAAGUCGCCCAUGAAGCGCCGGCGAAUGCUCUCCUCCUCCGAUGCCAUCACCCAGGAGUUCAUGGAUCUGAGGACUCGCUACACGGCGCUGGUGACCUUAACCACCCAGCACGUCAAGUACAUCAGCGACGCGCUCCGCAGGCUGGAGGAGGAGGAGAAAGUGGUGGAGGAGGAGAAGCAGGAGCACGUGGACAAGGUGAAGGAGCUCCUGGGCUGGGCCCUGGGCUUGAAGCAGAGUGUGCAGGGCAGAACAGCUGCUGCUGGCAGCAGAGAGCUGGGUGACAUCGAGAAGUCCAUCGUGGAGCAGCAGGCCCUGAAUGAGGAGCUGGCUGCCAAGAAGGAGCAGGUCUCUGAGGCCAUCAAAACUUCCCAGAUCUUCCUAGCAAAACACAGCCACAAGCUUUCCCAGCCAGAGAAGGAACAGAUUUCUGCUCAGAUUGGUGCCCUGAAGGAGACCUACCAGGUGCUGUGCAACGACUCCACGGAACAGCUGCAGCAGCUCCAGAGCCAGCUGGCUCAGGAGGCAGAGCAGAAGGGCAGCGAAGCAGUGGCAGGAGUGAUCGAUCUUGGCACAGUAGAAAUCUUCCCUGUCUUUGGUGCCAUGCAGAGAGGUCUUGUAGAUCAGGACACUGGCCUCAUGCUCUUGGAGGCUCAGGUUAUCACAUCUGACUUAGUCAUUCCAGAGACCAAUGAGAAAGUCUCCUUGGAGAAAGGUCUGGCGAGAAACAUCAUCGAUCUCCGGACCUUCCAGGUGCUGCAGGAACUGAAGGAUGCUCUCCAGCAGGUGGAAGAAGUCAGGCAUGAAGGGAGGCAGCUCCUCCCUGUCGUUGCUGCCAUAGAAGAGGGGAGGAUCAGUGAGGACGUUGGGCUAAAGAUUCUUCAAGCUGAGCUCCUCACAGGUGGCUUCAGAGCCCCUCACGGCAGAAUCAGCAUGGAGACAGCGGUGCAAGAAAGGCUCCUGCCCCCCCAGCUCUAUUCCAGGCUUCUGUCUCACCUGGAGGAUGAGAAGGACCUGAUUGACCCCAACACUGCUGAGAAGCUCAGCCUGCCUGAGCUCAUGCACCGAUGCAUCCUCCACCAAGAGACUGGCCUGAGGCUGCUCCCAGUCAGGCAGCUGGCAGGUGGGGUGCUGAGCUCCGGAGCAGGCAGGAAGGUCACCAUCUUCCAGGCAGCCCAGGAAGGGCUGAUAGACAGGGAGGUCAUGCUCAGGUUGCUGGAAGCCCAGCUCUUUGCUGGUGGCAUUGUUGACCCCAGGACAGGGCACAGGCUGACUGUGGAUGAAGCCAUGAGGCAGAAUCUGCUUGACCAGGACCUGGCUCGAGCGCUCCUCGUGAGGCAGCUUCAGACAGGUGGCAUCAUCGACCCCACCACGGGGCAGAGACUGCCCAUUGAUGAGGCUGUGAGGAAAGGGCUGGUAGCCCCAGGGAUGGCAUUGGUGGUCCUGGAAUCCUUGUGGUCCUUUGUGGGGCUUCUGUGGCCAGAGACAGGGGAGGUUGUGCCGGUAGCAGAUGCUCUGGAGCAGGGAGUGCUGACUGCGGAGCUGGCUGGGAAGAUCCUCAGCAAGAGGCAACUCCUUCAAGCUGUCUUUAUACCAGAGACCACCCAGGUGGUGUCCUGGAAGAAAGCAGUGGAAGAUGGCAUCUUGGAGAGGGAUGUGGCAAAGAAGCUGAAGUCCACACUCAUUCCUGAUGUCAUGGGCAGCGUGCAGCCUGCUGGCUCUCCAGGCAGCAGCAGGCAUGGCCCAGGCCCCCCAGGUCCCAAAGAGCAAAGUGACUCUCUGCUAAGGAGCAGUGAGGAAGGGCUGAUGUUCCACCUGAUGACCCACAGCUACAUCAACAUCCAGGAUGGCCAGAAGCUGCUCUUAGUGGAUGGAGAGCUGAACAAUCUCACUAAAGCCCUCAUCCAAAGCCAAGAAAAUGGAUCCUAUGCACACAUGUUGGAGGAGAGGGAAGGCUUUGAGAAGCUCAAGGCAGGUACAGAAGGUGAACCUUGCAAUGGCUUAGCUUUAGAGCAGCCUGAGCUUCAAUUUGCUCCUCCUAAAGAACUAAGCAAAGAGGUCCUACCACCUAGAGCUGCCUUGGAGAAUGGGGAGGUGGUGUUGGCACCUGAGAGCCUCUUAUUGGAGGAUGCAGAAGACUUCCUGCUUGUGGAGGAGCAAGAGCAGAUUUCUAGCAAACAGAGAAUGAUCAAGAGUGAAACUGAUGCUGAGAUUGGAAGAGACCAAGUGGCUGCUACGAGCCAGGACAAGCAUCAGGUACAGCUAUUGGUGCCAGCACAUCCUGGUGAGCUUGGUAGUGGAUUCAGAGAAUCAGAGGAGAUGAUGACUGAGGCAGAAGAGUCAUCCAAGCCUACUGCAGUAGAUGGAGUGGAAAGCAUCAAAGAUCAGAGGAAAGCAUCAGAGAGUGAGAUGGUUGUGAAAAGUGAGCUCUGCAUAACAGUGACUGCUUCAGAGUGGAGAGAGGGACUGGAAAUCAUGGCAGAGAGGUCUCAGGGGGUGGAGGAACCUGAACUAGAGACAGAAAAGGUUAGAAAGAUUUAUUUGCUUAACAAGGAAACAGUUGAGAAUGGCAUGGUGGGAGGAGAGGAGGUUGGGCUCCCUGAAACUGGAGAGGCUGAGCGAGCAGAGUGGCAGAGUGAGGACAUUGAAAGUGCCCUGGAAGUGCAAGAAGGAGAAAGGGAAGCAGUGUUAGAUGCUGAGACCCCUGCAGAGCAGGAAGAGGAGGACACUUUGGAGAUGCUGCUGACACAGCUCCAAAGUGGUGGCAUAAUCCAUGAGCAGACAGGCAAAACUCUUCUCCUGAAUGAAGCAGUAGCCCAUGGGUUGGUGUCCAGCCACACAGCUGUGAAGCUGAUGGAGAAGAUGAAGAUGUUCAGUGGCUUCUUUGACUCUCAAACCUGUGAAUCACUAACUACUGAGGACGUCAUUGAAGAGGGUCUGAUGGAUGAGAACCUUCUCCAGAAGGUGCUCACAGCUGACAAGGCCAUCAGUGGCGUUCUGGACCCAGGCAAUAACUUUGUCUACUCUGUCAAGGAUGCUGCUGCUGUUGGCCUUCUGGACAAGGAAACAGCCCUGAGGAUCUUGGAGGGGCAGGUGGUUACUGGAGGCAUCGUUGACUUGAAACGUGGCAAAAAAAUCUCCGUCACUCUGGCUUCCAACCUGGGCCUCAUAGAGCCAGCAAGUCAGAAGGAGCUGGUCAAGCUGGAGAAGGCUUCCAAAGGCAAAGAUACUGAUGAGGUGACCAGGCAGAAGCUCCUCAGCUUACAGGCUGAGAUCAGUGGAGUUGUGGAUCCUAGAACCAAGCAGGAUCUGACUGUUGCCCAGUCUGUUGCCAAAGGGCUCCUGGAAAAGGAAGAAGCCUUUCAGCUCUUGGCUAAGCAGAUUGCUGCUGGGGGAAUCAUCCACCACGGGUCUGGAAUGAGGUUUUCAGUGAAGGAUGCAAUGAAACAUGGUUUGAUUGACCAAGAUUUGUGUCAUGAGCUGAGGCAAGCUGAAAGUGUGUGCCUGCAGGACUGUGUUCACCCAGAGACCCAGGAAAGGCUGCCCCUGGCCCAGGCGGUGUCAGCAGGGCUGCUCAGUCCUGACUUCCAGAGGGAAGUGCAAGAAAUCCAGGCUGGGAGUGGAAGUGUUUUUGAUGCAGCUUCUGGCCAGAGGCUGUCCCUCUCUCAAGCAGUAAAAGAGGGCUUGCUGCCCAAGCAGGUUGUGGAGAAGGCUCUGGCAUCUUCAGGACUGAAGGAAGGAAUGGUAGAUCCUGAGAGCUGCAUGGUCCUGCCCUACUCAGAGUUCCUCAAGAAGUGUAAAAUCGACAUUGAGUCUGGCCAGAGGUACCUGGAGGUCCAUCCCUUCAGAGCCAUCAGGGAUGAGGUGACAGGGAAGAAGCUGACCUGUGCUGAGGCUGUGAGGCUGGGCAAGGUGGACCUCCUGCCCACCCUGCGCCUGCUGCAGGCUCAGGCAGACAGCGGAGGGGUUGUGGAGGGCACUGUCAGCAAGAGGCUCUCCCUGAAGGCUGCUGUGGAGGAAGGGCUGCUGGAUGAGGAGAUGGCCAAACUCAUUGCCUCCAACCAGAUGAGGGCUGGGGGAAUUGUUGAUGCUGGCAGUGGGCAAAGAUUGACUUUAAAGGAAGCAGUUGGAAAAGAACUGAUUAGCCAAAAAUUAGCUGCAGCUCUGCAGGAGGCACAAAUCUCCCAAGCCAAAUAUGGUCCUGAGGUCUGCCCAGGAGAUAAACCCCACCUUUUCCAGGAAAAAAGGGAAAGAACAUCUCCCAAAGAGGAGGAUGUCAUCAUCCCUGCCAGGGCUGCCAAGAGCUCUGAUGGUGCUGAGCACAAAGCUGCAUCCAAAGCCAUGAGCUAUGACACAGCUGGAGGUGCUGCUGCUGAGAGCUCCCCAGGGCCACCAGCAGAAGGGAAAUCAAAGCCUCAAGAAACCUCUGAGGUUGGUGUGAAGCAUCAGCCCCCCCCAAAAGUUGAAGUGACUCCAGAGUACCCCUCAGAGUUGGGUACAACUCUCCCUGAAGAGAUGGUGGAGGUGAGGGCUGUGAAAAGAGAGACUGCAAAGAGCAGGUCCCAGGUGGGAGCAGCGGAGGGGAAGGAAUCAAAGAGAAAAGAAGGAGACAGAGAGACAGAGAAAGUAGAGGGAUUGGGCAUGGAGAAAGAACAGUUCUUGGACAUGGAGGUGCUUCCCAGUGCAGAGGAUGGUGAGGAGAGGAGUAGUGGGAGAGGCUUUGUAAGUGCAGAGGAUGGUGAGGAGAGGAGGAGGAAAGACUUGGCAAGUGCAGAGGGUAGUGAAGAGAAGAGGAGGAGGAGGAGGAGGAAAGGUUUUGUAAGUGCAGAGGGAGUCAUGGCAGGUGAGGAGGGUGCAGUGGUGGCUUCUGAGCAAGGAGAGCAGGCAGGCAGGCUGGAGCAGGGAACAGCAGCAGCCCCAAGGGAAUUUGCUACUGUGGGGCAAGAGAAGACUCCUAUGAAGCCUGGAGAACCCCUGAAGGUUGGCAUCCCUCUGAAGCCUGCAGGAGGUGAGCUUGCAGGAACUGUCAGACACACUGAAGGAGAAAGCCCCAGACUGGGUGGAGAAGGUGCAGUUGAUCAGGAGAAACCAAGUGGACCUGAGCUGAAACCUACCCAGAAACAGAAAAGCAAAAAGAAGAGAGCAAAGCAGGUUGGGUUGCCAGGAGACAGCACUCAGCCAGAGAAACCUUCUGUGCAAAAGGAGUCCCUUCCUGGCAUGGUUUCCAAAGAAAUUCCAGGGCAAGAGAAGGAGGAAGAGGAGUUUGUCCUGAGCACACCAGAACCAAAACAUGAAGGGAGCACCAAAAUUACUGCUGGCUUGGCCCAAGACUCAACCAAGAUCAAGGGCAGCAGCAGGGAUAUAAAAACAAAGAGAAGAACUUCUGAGAAAGACAGAGACAACCUGGCUGGGGGUCAGCUUGUCCCAGGACAAGGAGAAGCUCAAGAAGGGAUCAGAAAUGGUCAUGAUUCCUUGGUGGCAUUGAGCCUGGAGAGGAUGACCCAGGAAGACAUGAAGGUGCAAACCAUCAGCGAUGUGUCCACCUCAGGCCCUGCAGCAGGCAAACUGCCUGAUGAAUUAAUCAUCAGAGAGGAAGCCAAAGAAGGGCAGGAAAGUUCUUCAGUCCUUCAGCUUGCAGAAGAGACACAGCAAGAGGUCAGCACAGCCCAAGGAGAUGCCCCUGCCCCACCAAAACCCCAAGGAGAAGCACCUCAGGAGAGGAGCAGGCAGCCGGGAGCUGGCGAUCGAGGCUUGCUCCUCCCUGUGAUCGUGGAGGGGGAGCUGCUGGAGACCUCGAGGGAAUCCAGCAGGCCAGCCCAGAUUGUGUUCAGCAAGAAGCUGUGCCUGGAGCACGAUGAGAAGCUGGUCUCCUAUCUCUCCAUGCUGCGAGACAUUGAGAUGAGGAUCAAAAGGGUGCAGCCUGUGGAGCAGAACCUGGCAGGUCUGCAGGACCUGCUGCACCAGGCAGAGGCCCUGGGAGCUGAGCUGCAGGAGCUGAGCUUCCCAGUGAAUCAGGAGUUGGAUGCCGUGAAGUGGAUCGUGGCCAACCCCCCCGAAGAAGUCCCUGAGCAAUUACUGAAGGCUUUGGAGAAGGAUGCCAAGAACCUCCAGAAGUCUCUGAGUUCUGCAAGUGAUGUCCUGGAGUCCAGGCUGCAAAACCUUCGUGGGGCAGCAGAAACUGAAAAGGCUAAAAUCUUGGCACACCAUGAAGCUCUCCAGGAUAAACUCCAGGAGCUGCUGGGUUGGGUCUCUGGCACCGCUGGGUCCCUGGACUCCGAUUCCCACCCCGCGCCCGACGCCAGCAGCUUGAGUCGCUGCCUGCAACGCUACAAGGAGCUGAAAGAGCCUCUGGCCAACACCAAGUCUCAGCUGGACGCCACUGCCUUCGACAUCCAAGUCCUCAUCUCAGAACAUGCCCAGGACUUGACCCCUCAGCAGAGCAGGCAGCUGCUGAGGUUGCUGAAUGAGCUGCAGAAGGCUUUCUGUGACCUCUCAGAGCGGGUGACAGCUCGGCUGCAGGUCCUGCAGGUCUGUCUCCAGCAAGUGGAGCAGACAGAUCAGGUGAAGACGCUGCAGGAGCAGCAGGCAGCCCGGGCACAGAGCCUGGGGGAGCUCAGCCGCUGGCUCUGCCAGGCAGAGGACACCUUGGCAGAGCAGCAGAGAGCAGCCAGCCAAGGGGACCUGUCCACCCUGCAGCAGAGGCAAAGUGAUGUGAAGGAGCUGCAGAAGAACAUGCAGAGCCGAGCUGCCUCCUUCGCCAGCCUCCUCAAGAGUACAGAGGAGUUUCUGGAGGAGAACAAGGCCAAGAUGGAGCCUGGUGAGCUGGCAGCACUGCAGGAGAAGCUCCAGCGUGCCAAGGAGCAGUACCAGUCCUUGCAGGAGAGGACAGAGGUGGCCCAGAAGGAGCUGGAGGAUGCUGUGAGUGCUGCAGUGCAGCAGGAGACUGAAAAGGUGAAAGCUGCCAAGGAGCUGGAGGAGAACAGCAACAAAAUUGAUUCCCUCUUGAACUGGGUGGCAUCCCUGGAGCAGAAGGGAGAGCUCCCAGAGUACAGACCACAUCCCAUCGGGAGAGCCCCAGGGACACGAGCAGGGACAGGCGCUCAGGAUGUCCCUGACAGCCACACUGUGGGAGCAGAGAGUGCUGCAGAGAGCCUGGAUGAGGAGUAUGAGAGGCUGAAGGCCCAGCACCAGGAGCUGCUGUCCCAGCAGCAGGACAUCAUCCUGGCCACACAGUCAGCGCAGGCUUUCCUGGAUAGGCAGGGCCAGAGCCUGGCAGGGGAGCAGCGGCAGGGGCUGCAGGGCAGGCUGGCAGGGCUGAAGGAGCAGUACUCAGCCGCCCUGGGCCAGGCAGAGGAGAGGCUGAAGCAGGUGCAGGUCCUGCGGGAUGAGCUCCACAAGUUCCUGCAGGACCACGGAGAGUUUGAGGCUUGGCUGAAGCAAGCGGAGCAGGACCUGGAGGGGAUGUGCCAGGGGGGCAGUGAGCCUGCAGCCCUCCAGCAGCUGCUCCUGCGGCAGGGCAGCUUCUCAGAGGAUGUCAUCUCCCACAAGGGAGACCUGCGCUUCGUCACCAUGUCGGGGCAGAAGGUGCUGGAUGUGCAGGGAGCCGCGGGGGACGCAGGCUCCCGGCCUGGCAGCCUGGUCAGGAGCAAGCUGGAGGAUGCGACGCAGAGAUACACCAAGCUGCACUCCAAGUGCACCAAGCUUGGCUCCCACCUGAACACUUUGCUGGAUCACUACCAGCAGUUCCAGGAGGUGGCAGAGUCGCUCAGGACCUGGCUGCAGGGAAGUGAAGCUGCUGUUGGGAAACUGCUCUCGGAGGCAGUGUCUUCAGAUCCAGCUGUUCUGCAGCAGCAGCUGGCCAGUGCUAAGCAGCUGCAUGGAGACCUUGCUGAGCAUCAGGUAUCAGUGGAGAAGCUCCAGAAAGCAGCUCGGUCCCUGCUGGAGAUCCAAGGGGAGCCAGCUCCAGACCAUGGGCACAUCCAGGAGACAACAGAUGCCAUCGUGAGCCGCUUCCAGAGCCUCUCCCAGCAGAUGGCUGAACGCUCAGACCUGCUGCAGAAAUCCAUUGCCCAGUCUCAGAGUGUCCAGGAGAGCCUGGAGAGCCUCCUCCAGUCAGUGGCUGAGAUUGAGAAGAACCUGGAGAGAGAGCAACCAGCCACACUCUCCUCCAGCUCCAUCCAAGACUCUCUUGCCACCAGCACGAAGCUGAAGCAGGACAUCGCCAGGCAGAAGAGCUGCCUGGAGGCCACCCGGGAGAUGGUGACGCGGUUCAUGGAGGCGGCCGACAGCCCCACGGCCUCUGCCCUGCAGGGCAAGCUGGCAGAGGUGACAGAGCAUUUUGGCAGGCUGUGCCAGCAGCAGCAGGCCAGGGAGGACGCUCUGAAGGGUCUCCUCCCCAAGGUGGAGCACUAUGAGCAGCUCUCAGAGAAGCUGCAGCAGUUCACGGAGAGCAGAGGGCGGCUGCUGGCCUCGGGCAAUCAGCCUGACAGGGACAUCGCUGCCUUCUCCCAGCACAUCCAGGAGCUGAACUUGGAGAUGAAGCAGCACCAGGAGGAUCUGACUACCCUGGAGCACCUGGCUGCAGAGCUGGGCUCCUGUGGCUUUGCUUCCAGCACUUCCCAGCAUCAGGAGAAGCUGCAGAGCCUGAAGAAAGACUUCCUGCAGCUGCAGAAGGUGGCAAAAGAGAGAGAAAAAGAUGCAUCCUCCUGCCAGCAGCAACUGGAUGAGUUUCGGAAGCUGGUCGGGGCCCUGAGGAAGUGGCUGAGGGAAACUGAAGGCAAAAUGCCACCUGCUGAGACCUCCCUGGGCACCCAAGAGCUGCAGCAGCGCAGGCAGCAGAUCCAGGAUCUCCUGGAGGAGUGGAAAGGGAAGGGGGCCCAAGUGGAGGAGGUUGGUCACAGAGGGACCCUCCUGGAGAACCUGAUUGUGGAGAUCACAGCCCCUGACAACUCAUCCAAGACAGGUGCUGCCCUGCCUGCCCCAGGAGGCUCAGCAGGCAGCGUGAAUGGAUACCACACGUGCAAAGAUCUGACCGAGAUCCAGUGCGAUGUGUCGGACGUGAGCCGGCAGUACCAGAGCCUUGGGGAGGCGCUGAGGGAGCGCCAGCAGCAGCUCUCAGCCAUGCUGGAGAAGAUGCAAGAAGUGCAGGAGGAGGCCAGCUCCAUGCUCAAGUGGCUGGAGUCGAAGGAACGGACACUGUCGGAGCUGGAUGCUUCCUCCUCGCCCACCAAGACGGAGACGAUGAGAGCCCAGGCUGAGCACAACAAGGCAUUUUUGGCCGAAUUGGAACAGAAGUCAGGGAAGAUCCAGAAGGUAAAGGAAGCACUUUAUGGCUUGCUGGAGAAAUACCCAGAUUCUCCAGAAGCAGCGAACUGGAAGAAGAUGCAGGAAGACCUGAAUUGCAGGUGGGAAAGAGCCAGCCAGGCGACGGCUGAGCGGCAGCAGAAGCUGGAGGAGUCUGCAAACCUGCUGGCCAGCUUCCAGGCUGCUGAGGGCCAGCUGCGCCCCUGGCUGAUGGAGAAGGAGCUGAUGAUGAGCGUGCUGGGACCGCUCUCCAUCGACCCAAACAUGCUGAACGCACAGAAGCAGCAGGUCCAGUUUAUGCUGAAGGAAUUCGAAGCUCGUAGGCAACAGCACGAGCAGCUCAACCAGGCAGCUCAGAGCAUCUUGACCGGCCCUGGAGAUGUUUCUCCAUCCACUAACCAGGUGCGGGAGGAACUCCAAGGGGUUAAUCAGAAGUGGUCUGAGCUAACAGAACGCCUCAACUCCCGCUCCAGCCAGAUUGACCAAGCCAUAGUCAAGAGCACCCAGUACCAGGAGCUCCUGCAGGGCCUGUCAGAGAAGGUGAAGGCAGUUGGGCAGCGCCUGAGCAGCCAAUCUGCUGUCAGCACCCAGCCUGAGGCUGUGAAACAGCAGCUGGAGGAAACCAGUGAGAUCCGCUCGGACCUGGAGCAGCUGGAAGAGGAAAUCUCAGAGGCUCAGACCCUCUGCGAUGACCUCUCUGUCCUGAUUGGGGAGCAGUACCUCAAAGAUGAGUUAAGGAAACGUCUGGAGACUGUGGCCCUUCCUCUCAAAGGGCUGGAAGACCUGGCAGCCGACCGGAUGAACCGACUGCAGACGGCGCUUGCAAGCUCCCAGCAGUUCCAGCAUAUGUUUGAUGAACUCAGGACCUGGCUGGAUGACAAACUCUGCCAGCAAGCUCAAAGCCAACCCAUUUCUGCUAAACUGGAGAGGCUGCAAAGCCAGAUUCAGGAGCAAGAAGAGUUCCAGAAGAGCCUCAACCAGCACAGUGGCUCCUAUGAGAUGAUUGUGGCCGAGGGAGAAUCUUUGCUGCUUUCUGUCCAGCCUGGGGAGGAGAAGACCACCUUGCAGAACCAGUUGGUCAGCCUCAAAACACACUGGGAAGAGCUCAGCAAGCAGGCUGCCGAGAGACACUCUAAGCUCAAGGACUGUUUGCAGAAGGCUCAGAAGUACCAAAGGCACGCGGAGGACCUCCUGCCUUGGGUGGAGGACUGCAAGACGAAGGUGUCAGAGCUGGAAGUGACUCUGGACCCAGUGCAGCUGGAGGCAACCCUCCUGAGGUCAAAGGCCAUGCUGAGUGACGUGGAGAAGCGCCGCUCCUUGCUGGAGGUGCUGAACAGUGCUGCUGACAUCCUGAUCGAUGCUGCCCAGACCCACGAGGAGGACGUCCGGGAUGAGAAGGCUGCCAUCAACCAGAAGAUGGAUGCCAUCACAGAAGAGCUGCAAGCCAAGACUGGCUCCAUUGAAGAAAUGUCCCAGAGGCUCAAGGAGUUUCAAGAGAGCUUCAAGAACAUUGAGAAGAAGCUGGAAGGGGCCAAGCACCAGCUGGAGAUCUACGAUGCGCUAGGGCCACAAGCCUGCAGCAGCAAGAACUUGGAGAAGCUGAGAGUGCAGCAAGAGGUGCUGCAGGCCCUGGAGCCACAAGUGGACUAUCUGAAAAACUUCACUCAGGGUCUAGUAGAAGAUGCUCCAGCUGGGUCUGACUGUUCCCAGCUCUUAAGCCAAGCUGAGGUGGCUCAGCAGGACUUCAAAGCUGUGAAGCAGAAAGUAAAUGACUGCUGCAUGCUGAUGGAAAGCAAGCUUGAAGGCAUCGGGCAGUUCAACAGUCGGGUCAGGGAGAUGUUCUCUCAGCUGGCAGACCUUGAUGAUGAGCUGGACAGCAUGGGCCCCAUUGGGAGAGACUCUGACAGCCUUCAGUCCCAAGCAGAGGAUGUCCGAACGUUCUUGGGCAAGCUCCAGAGGCUGAAGGCUGACAUCGAAGCUUCCGAAAGCGACUGCAAGAAGAUGCUGGAGGAGGAAGGGAGCCCUGAUUUGCUAGGGCUGAAACGUGAGUUGGAGACCCUGAACAAGCAGUGCAGCAAGCUGAAGGAGAGGGGCAAGAACCGCCAGGAGCAGGUGGAGACCACCCUGUCUCGUGUGGAGGACUUCUACAGCAGGCUGAAGGAGCUGACCCACAUGACGACGGCAGCGGAGGAGAACGAAGCGCUGCAGUGGGUGGUGGGGACGGAGGUGGAAACCAUCAACCAGCAGCUGGCAGACUUCAAGCUGUUCCAGAAGGAGCAAGUGGAUCCUCUCCAGCUGAAGCUACAGCAAGUCAAUGGAGUUGGUCAAGGACUCAUCCAAAGCGCCGGGAAAAACUGUGAUGUCCAAGGGCUGGAACAUGACAUGGAAGAGAUCAACACUCGCUGGAACACCCUCAACAAGAAGGUGGCCCAGAGAGUUGCCCAGCUGCAGGAGGCCCUGCUGCACUGUGGGAAGUUUCAGGACGCCCUGGAGCCGUUGCUGAGCUGGCUGGCAGACACCGAGGAGCUCAUCUCCAACCAGAAACCUCCCUCUGCAGAGUACAAGGUGGUGAAAGCCCAGAUCCAGGAGCAGAAGCUGCUCCAACGACUCCUGGACGACCGCAAAGCCACCGUUGAGAUGAUCCAAGCGGAGGGCGGCAGGAUCGCGCAGUCGGCCGAGCCUGCGGACAGGGAGAAGAUCGUUGGCCAACUGGAGAGCCUGGAACGUCGCUGGGCAGGGCUGCUGGGCAGUGCAGCCAGCAGGCAGAAGCAGCUGGAGGACAUCUUGGUCCUGGCAAAGCAGUUCCAUGAAACCACAGAGCCUGUGUCGGAUUGGCUGUCAGUGACCGAGAAGAAAUUGGCCAACUCGGAGCCCAUCGGUACCCAGACUGCCAAGAUCCAGCAGCAGAUCAGUAGGCACAAGGCCCUAGAGGAAGAGAUAGCAAACCAGGCUGCCGAGGUGUCGCGGGCGGUCGGCGUGGGGCAGUCCCUCUCCUCCCUCAGCUGUGCCGCCGAGCAGAGGCUGCUGGCAGAGAAAUUAGAGACUCUGCAGCGCCGCUACGGCGAGGUACAGGAGCGCUGCUGCCGGAAGGCAGCGCUGCUGGCUCAGGCGCUCUCCAACGCCAGGCUCUUUGGGGAGGAGGAGGUGGAAGUGCUCAACUGGCUGGCUGAGGUUGAGGACAAGCUGGGCUCGGUAUCCGUAAAGGAUUACAAUACGGGACGGCUAACUCCAGUUUGCCUUCCUCACCAGGCUCUGAACGAGGAAAUUGUGAACAGGAAGAAGAACGUGGACCAAGCCAUCAGGAAUGGGCAAGCCCUUCUGAAGCAAACCACAGGGGAGGAGGUGCUGCUGAUCCAGGAGAAGCUGGAUGGGAUCAAGACUCGCUACUCCGACAUCACCGCCGCCAGCUCCAAGGCGCUGCGCACGCUGGAGCAGGCUCGGCAGCUGGCCACCAAGUUCCAGUCCACACACGAGGAGCUCAGCAGCUGGAUGAGCAAAGUGGAGGACGAGCUGGCUUCCAGCGGGGGCCAGUCCCCAGCUGGUGAGCAGAUACCCCAGUUCCAGCAGAGGCAAAAGGAGCUGAAGAAGGAGGUGAUGGAGCACAGGCUCAUCCUGGACACGGUGAACGAGGUGAGCAGAGCUCUGCUGGAGCUGGUUCCCUGGCGAGCCCGCGAGGGGCUGGACAAGCUGGUGACAGACACCAACGAGCGCUACAAGCUGGUCAGUGACACCAUCAAGCAGAGGGUGGAGGAGAUCGAUGCUGCCAUUCAGAGGUCUCAGCAGUACGAGCAGGCAGCCGACGCCGAGCUGGCCUGGGUGGCCGAGACCAAGCGGAAGCUGUUGGCCCUUGGCCCCAUCCGCCUGGAACAGGACCAGACCACAGCCCAGCUGCAGGUGCAGAAGGCUUUUUCCAUCGACAUCAUUCGGCACAAAGACUCCAUGGAUGAACUCUUCAGCCAGCGCAAUGAGAUCUUCGGGACAUGCGGGGAGGAGCAAAAAGCUGUUCUCCAGGAGAAAACCGAGUCCCUGGUGCAGCAGUACGAGGCUGUGAGCCAGCUCAACUCGGAGCGCUACGCUCGCCUGGAGCGUGCUCAGGUCCUGGUCAACCAAUUCUGGGAGACCUAUGAGGAGCUGAACCCAUGGAUCGAGGAGACACAAGCCCUCAUCUCCCAGCUACCCCCUCCAGCCAUUGACCACGAGCAGCUCAAGCAGCAGCAGGAGGACAUGAGGCAACUGAGAGAGUCCAUCGCUGAACAUAAGCCUCACAUUGACAAGCUGCUGAAGAUUGGCCCACAGCUGAAGGACCUCAACCCUGAAGAAGGGGAGAUGGUGCAGGAUAAAUACUCCACAGCUGAGGCCAUGUAUGCCAGAAUCAAGGAGGAGGUUUGCCAGCGGGCGCUGGCGCUGGACGAAGCUGUCUCACAGUCCACCCAGUUCCAUGAUAAGAUUGAACCCAUGCUGGAGACCCUGGAGAACCUCUCCUCCCGCCUGCGCAUGCCGCCCCUCAUCCCCGCCGAGGUGGAUAAGAUCCGGGAGUGCAUCAGCGAGAACAAGAACUCCAGCGUGGAGCUGGAGAAGCUGCAGCCCUCCUUCGAGGCUCUGAAGCGCCGUGGGGAAGAGCUGAUCGGCCGCUCCCAGGGAGCAGACAAGGACCUGGCAGCCAAAGUAAUCCAGGAUAAGUUGGAUCAGAUGGUCUUCUUCUGGGAAGACAUCAAAGCUCGGGCAGAAGAACGUGAAAUGAAGUUCCUGGAUGUCCUGGAGCUUGCAGAGAAGUUCUGGUAUGACAUGGCAGCCCUCCUGACUACCAUCAAAGACACCCAGGACAUUGUUCACGACCUGGAGAGCCCAGGCAUUGACCCUUCCAUCAUCAAGCAGCAGGUGGAAGCAGCAGAGACCAUUAAAGAGGAGACAGAUGGCUUGCACGAGGAGCUGGAGUUCAUCCGGCUCCUGGGAACUGAUUUAAUCUUCGCCUGUGGUGAAACUGAGAAACCAGAAGUGAAGAAGAGCAUCGAUGAGAUGAACAACGCCUGGGAGAACCUCAACAAAACGUGGAAGGAGAGGCUGGAGAAGCUGGAGGAAGCCAUGCAGUCAGCUGUGCAGUACCAGGACACUUUACAAGCCAUGUUUGACUGGCUGGACAACGCCGUGAUCAAGCUCUGCAACAUGUCCCCUGUUGGCACAGACCUCAACACGGUUAAGGAGCAGAUGAAUGAGAUGAAGGAGUUUAAAAUGGAGGUUUACCAGCAGCAGAUUGAAAUGGAAAAGCUUAAUCACCAAGGUGAGCUAAUGCUAAAAAAAGCUACAGAUGAGACAGACAGAGACAUCAUCAAGGAGCCACUGACAGAGCUGAAACACCUCUGGGAGAAUCUGGGCGAGAAGAUUGCUCACAGACAGCAUAAGUUAGAAGCUGCUCUCCUGGCACUUGGCCAGUUCCAGCAUGCAUUGGCAGAGCUGAUGGCCUGGCUGACCCACACUGAGGAGCUGCUCGAUGCACAGAAACCUAUCAAUGGAGACCCGAAGGUCAUCGAGGUGGAACUUGCAAAGCACCACGUGCUGAAGAAUGAUGUCCUGGCCCACCAAGCAACUGUGGAGACAGUGAACAAAGCAGGCAAUGAGCUGCUGGAAUCCAGUGCAGGGGAUGAUGCCAGCAGCCUCAGGAACCGCCUGGAGAACCUGAACUCAUGUUGGGAGUCAGUGCUGCAGAAGACAGAGGAGAGAGAGCAGCAGCUCCAGUCCACGCUCCAGCAGGCCCAAGGUUUCCAUGGGGAGAUUGAAGACUUCCUCCUGUGGCUGACGAGGAUGGAGAGCCAAUUGUCAGCAUCAAAACCCACAGGAGGUCUGCCAGAAACUGCCCGGGAGCAGCUCAAUGCCCACAUGGAGCUGUAUGGGCAAUUCAAAGCCAAGGAGGAGACCUACAGCCAGCUGCUGGCCAAGGGGCGACUGAUGCUGCUGAACAGGGAUGACUCCGGCUCCGGCUCCAAGACAGAGCAGAGUGUGGCCCUGCUGGAGCAGAAAUGGUGCCUGGUCAGCACCAAGAUGGAGGAGAGAAAGGCAAAGCUGGAGGAAGCCCUGGCCCUGGCCACAGACUUCCAGAAUUCCCUGCAGGACUUCAUAAACUGGCUGACCCUGGCUGAGCAGAGCCUGAACAUUGCACCCCCAGCCAGCCUCAUCCUCAACGCCGUGCUGGCCCAGAUCGAUGAGCACAAGGUGUUUGCCAAUGAGGUGAACGCUCAUCGGGACCAGAUCAUCGAGCUGGAUCAAACUGGCAACCAGCUGAAGUUUCUCAGCCAGAAGCAGGAUGUGGUGCUGAUCAAGAACCUGCUGGUCAGUGUCCAGGCCCGCUGGGAGAAGGUUGUGCAGCGCUCAGUGGAGCGGGGACGAGCUCUUGAUGAUGCCAGGAAGAGAGCCAAGCAGUUCCAUGAAGCUUGGAAGAAGCUGAUUGAUUGGUUGGAGGAUGCAGAGAAUCACCUGGACUCCGAGCUGGAGAUUUCCAAUGAUCCUGACAAAAUCAAGCUCCAGCUCUCCAAACACAAGGAGUUCCAGAAGACACUGGGAGGGAAGCAGCCUGUCUAUGACACCACCAUCAGAACAGGCAGAGCCCUGAAAGAAAAGGCCUUGCUUCCAGAUGACACUCAAAAGCUGGACAAUUUACUGGGAGAAGUCCGGGAUAAGUGGGACACAGUGUGUGGGAAGUCUGUGGAAAGGCAGCACAAGCUGGAAGAAGCCCUCCUGUUCUCUGGCCAGUUCAUGGAUGCACUGCAGGCUUUGGUGGACUGGCUCUACAAGGUGGAACCUCAGCUAGCUGAAGACCAACCUGUCCAUGGUGACCUGGAUCUGGUCAUGAACCUGAUGGAUGCUCACAAGGUCUUCCAGAAGGAGCUGGGGAAGCGCACGGGGACGGUGCAGGUGCUGAAGCGCUCCGGCCGGGAGCUGAUCGAGAACAGCAGGGACGACACCACCUGGGUGAAGGUGCAGCUGCAGGAGCUCAGCAACCGCUGGGACACAGUCUGCAAGCUCUCAGUGUCCAAACAAACCCGGCUGGAACAGGCCUUGAAGCAGGCAGAGGAGUUCAGGACAGCUGUGCACUUGCUGCUGGAGUGGCUGUCGGAGGCUGAGCAGUCUCUGCGCUUUCGGGGAGCACUUCCUGAUGAUGCUGAGGCCUUGCAGUCCCUCAUCGAUGCCCACAAGGAGUUCAUGAAGAAAGUGGAGGAGAAGAGAGUGGACGUGAACACGGCGGUGAGCAUGGGGGAGGUCAUCCUGGCUGCCUGCCACCCUGACUGCAUCACCACCAUCAAGCACUGGAUCACCAUCAUCCGAGCCAGGUUUGAGGAGGUUCUCACAUGGGCAAAGCAGCACCAGCAGAGACUGGAAUCUGCACUUUCUGAACUGGUGGCAAAUGCAGAGCUCCUGGAGGAGCUGCUGGCUUGGAUCCAGUGGGCUGAGACAACCCUGAUCCAGCGGGACCAGGAGCCCAUGCCUCAAAAUAUUGAUCAGGUCAAAGCCCUCAUCUCGGAGCACCAGUCCUUCAUGGAGGAGAUGACAAGGAAGCAGCCAGAUGUGGACAGGGUCACCAAGACCUACAAGAGGAAAGCCUCUGAGCCCCCUCAUGGACCCUUCAUGGAGAAGUCCCGCAGCAACAGAAAAUCCUUGGGUCAGGCUGCCCCCCCCAGCAUGCCCAUUAUCCCCCAGUCAGAGACAAAGAACCCUCGGAUCAAUCAGCUCUCCGCGCGCUGGCAGCAGGUCUGGCUGCUGGCUCUGGAGCGGCAGCGGAAGCUCAACGAUGCCUUGGACAGACUGGAGGAGCUGAAGGAGUUUGCAAACUUUGACUUCGAUGUGUGGCGGAAGAAGUACAUGCGCUGGAUGAACCACAAGAAGUCUCGCGUCAUGGACUUCUUCCGGCGCAUCGACAAGGACCAGGACGGGAAGAUCACCAGGCAGGAGUUCAUCGAUGGCAUCCUGGCCUCAAAGUUCCCCACCACGAAGCUGGAGAUGACGGCGGUGGCUGACAUCUUCGACCGCGAUGGCGAUGGCUACAUCGAUUACUACGAGUUCGUGGCUGCUCUCCAUCCCAACAAGGAUGCCUACCGCCCCACCACUGAUGCUGACAAGAUCGAGGAUGAGGUCACCAGGCAAGUGGCCCAGUGCAAGUGUGCCAAGAGGUUUCAAGUGGAGCAGAUCGGCGAGAACAAGUACAGGUUCUUCCUCGGCAAUCAGUUUGGGGAUUCCCAGCAGCUGCGGCUGGUCCGUAUCCUGCGGAGCACGGUCAUGGUUCGUGUGGGUGGAGGAUGGAUGGCCCUGGAUGAGUUCCUGGUGAAGAAUGAUCCCUGCAGAGGUAAAGCAGCUCCUGGCCUUUUGUUGGGUUCAUAUGACCUUCAUCUCUCCUCUAUUUGGCCCCUUGCAGCCCGGGGAAGGACCAACCUUGAACUGCGAGAGAAGUUCAUCUUGCCGGAGGGAGCCUCGCAGGGGAUGACUCCGUUCCGAUCGCGAGGCCGAAGGUCCAAACCGUCCUCCCGAGCAGCCUCCCCGACACGAUCCAGUUCCAGUGCCAGCCAGAGCAACCACAGCUGCGCCUCCAUGCCCUCCUCCCCUGCAACUCCAGCCAGUGGAGCCAAGACUCCACAUCACUUCUCUCGAUGUUAUGACAAACCCUGGUUGAUAAACAGUAAAGCCAGCACCCCUCUGAGGGGAUUCGAUUAUUCCGACCUGCAGCUCUCUGGUGCAGAGGUCACCCCCUCGGCGGGCAGCAAGCUGAAGCGACCAACCUUCCACUCCAGCAGAACCUCCCUGGCUGGGGACACCAGUAACAGCUCCUCCCCAGUCUCUACAGGUGCCAAAACCAGUCGGGCAGACCCCAAGAAGACCGCGAGUCGUCCCACCAGCCGCGCCGGCAGCCGAACCGGCAGCCGGGCGAGCAGCCGGCGGGGAAGCGACGCCUCCGAUUUCGACCUGCUGGAGACGCAGUCGGCUUGCUCCGACACCUCGGAGAGCAGCGCGGCCGGCGGGCAGGGAGGCUCCCGCCGGGGGGCAGCCAAACCUUCCAAAAUCCCAACCAUGUCCAAGAAAACGACCACUGCCACCACCCCAAAAACUCCGGGCCCGAAAAGAUAAUACUGUACCCCGCCCCCUGAAAGCCCGAGCGGCACCUCCCCCACCUCGACCUGUGUCCAGUUUUUAACCCUGCAUUGGAUGUAUAUUUAUUCUAAAUGGGAGAAACUAUAUUGUUAAAAGUGUAAAAGAAAAGUUGUGUUAUGAAGCUGCCUUAUUUUUUUUGAGGGGGUGGAUUUGGGUUUGGUUUGGG